AUGUCACAGCCCUCUUCCAUCAAUAUCCUCUUGCUCAUCUUGCUUUUGGGACACUCCAGUAUCAAGGCCAGCGCAUGGAUUCCAGCAUCGUCACAAAGGGCAACGCGUCAACAAGCUACUGGCAUACAAAGCAGAUGGAUUGGUUCCUUUAGCCAUAAAUCUAAAUGCUUCCAAGAACUUGGCCCUUUGUUUGCUUCUACAUCUGAAGAGACUGAAGAUGCUCUAGCUUCCGUACUGUCUAAACUACGAGUUUCUGAAAUCAAGCAAGAACUGGAAGCCUUGAAGGUAGAUUAUACCGACUGUUUUGACAAGGAAAGCAUGGUAGCCCGGCUGUUGGAAGCGCGGAAUAAGAAGGAUGAAAAUGUUGGUGACGCUAAAGAGCCAUCCUCUUCCUCACCAGCAUCUUCUUCUGCCGAUGCUCCUUCCUCUGAGGGUUCAAAUGGCACUAAAUUGGAUGAGGAAGCCGAGCUGGAAAAAAUUCGAUCCAUGAGAGUGAAGGAAUUGCGAGAAGAGUUGGGGCGUCGACGCAUUCCACGGGCUGGAUUGUUUGACAAGGAAGACUUGGUCCAAGCGCUGUGGAAGGCCAAGCAACUUGAUGCAGUCUUUUCAGCGACGGGCAAUAUCUUGCCUGGAUGUGUAGCCGACUUGAGUGAAGAUGAUGUCGAAAAAGAACUGCAGCACACUGCUACUCCACUGUUACUGGAUGUAUAUGCCACUUGGUGCGGACCAUGUCAAAUGAUCGCACCUUUACUUGAGCAAGCUGCCCAAGAGUCCUUCAGUGGUGGUAGCGACGGCGACGUAUCAAAACCACUGGUUCGGGUUGCCAAAAUGGAUAGCGAUGCCAACCCACAAAUGGCUUCCAAGCUCAAGGUGGCUGGAUUGCCAACCUUGGUCUUAUUCCAGCAUGGGGAAGAAAUAGAUCGACUCGAGGGAGCCCCCAUGAAAGAUCAGUUGGUUGACUGGGUCACUCGCAAACUGCAAUAG